CGCCCAUUGCCGCCCUGAAUUACUACCUGGAUGACCUCGACAUCCCCGUCAUGGCGGAUGUCGACCCGUACGCGCUUCCGCCCAAGGACGUCGCCAACCGCCUCUUCCGGUUCUACAUGGAGAGUGUGCAUCCGUCCUUCAAUGUGAUCAGCAAAGUGUUCUUUGUCUCCCAGUAUUCGCAAUUCGUCAUUCAGGGCAAUCGGCAGAUUGAGCCGGGUGACCGGUGGCGAGCCGUCCUGAACAUGAUCUUCGCCAUCGGGAGCCGCUUCUGCCAGUCGGUGUAUGGGAAGAAAGGAGGUGACUACGAUGAUGUGAAGUAUCUGAACCGAGCACGGAAGCUGACCCUGGGCGAGAAUGUCAUCUUCGAGCAUGCCAAUCUCCAGCAGAUCCAGGCGGAGUUCUUGGUGGCGUUCUACUUCCUUUCCAUGUGUCAGGUCAACCGGUCCUUCAAGUUUUCGAGCAUGGCCUUUCGGUCGGCCGUUUCACUGGGUAUAAACCUCCGCCUGGAGAAUAGUGAUACGUCGCGGGCUGCCAAAGAGGCUCGCUGCCGUCUGUGGUGGUCGAUCUAUCUCCUCGAGCAUCUCUUGACGGCCAUCACCGGCCGAGUCUCCUGCGUUGGGGAGGGCCUCAGUGCGACACCACUGCCCAUUCCAUUCGAGGAGGAGGCCUGGAACAGCCCAGAGGUUCGGCCCGUUCUAGAAGACCCGGCUCUGCGGAUGAGCCGUCUCAAGCUCACCAUCCUUCAGAACGAGCUCGAAGCUACCACCACGGCCUCGUGGCUCGCAACCUGUGCGCCCAGUCCGUCCCUCUUCUUCCACCUCCUUGUGGACCUCUGCAGCAUCACGCAGGCGAUCAUCAACAGAGUCUAUAGCAUCCAGGGCUUGCGCGACCGCGCCAGCCAGGUGGAACAGCGCAUUCGCAAAUAUGACAACACCCUGAAAGUCUGGCUCAUGAAAGUCCCGGCGCCGUACCGGUUCACCGUGAGCGACCAGGACGAUACGUUCUAUAUCCCCCCACACCUGCAAAAAUCCCACGAGCGCGAACGGACAUCGCUCGCCAUCAGCUAUUACAGCGCUCGCAUCACACUCUCGCGGCCCUGUCUCACGCGGUCCGGCCUCAAAUCCGGGUCGAUGUCCCCCAACCCGACGCAUGCCUCAUCCUCGGGCCAAAACGCCUCCCACAACUCCUCUACACGGAGCCAGUUCCGCAACGAGAUGGCCCGCAACUGCGUCCGCUCCGCCUGCUCGCUGCUGUCCGUCCUGCCGGACACCCCGGACCUGCCGUGGCUGAUCUCGGUCACCCCCUGGUGGUGCAUCCUGCACUACAUCAUGCAGGCCACGACCGGGCUGCUCCUCCACCUGUCGUGCAGCCCGCCCGUGGUCCCGUCCACCGGCGGCGAGGAGUACGUCGACACCACCACCACCAGCACCACCCCCAACCACCAACCGCCCACGGCGCUCGCCGACAUCCACACCAUGACCCACCAGAUGAAGAAGGCCCUCCGUUGGCUCCACCACCUGUCGUUCACCCACACCGCCGCGCGGCGCGCGUUCCGGCAGUGCCACAGCGUUGUGCAGCGGAUCGCCCCGAGCAUUGGGAUCGAUAUUAGUGAUAUCCCGGACGGGAGAGACCUUCCUGUGGAUGAGGACAUUUUUUCGCAAAAGGAUGAGGACACUUUCGUCCAGAAGGAUGAGGACACUUUCGCGCGGAAUAAUGAGGAAACUUUUGCCCAGAACGACGCGGAGGACUACGAAUCAACCGCCAUGCAGAUCGACGAGGAACCUCCAGCCCUUGAUGUCGACGGUCAAAUCGACGGCCAGAUGGAACAAAUGCUGUGAAUACGACACCAUCGAAGUACUAUUAUGUAGAUAUAUAUAUAUAUAUAUAUAUGUUGUUGAUCAAGUUUACGCGCGGAGUUUAUUCUAAAGCCAAGCAAGCGAAAUGGUGUCUGUCAUUCCAGAGCGAGGCGUACUGAUUUCUUUCUUACUGUUGUGUUCUUGUCACUCUUCCGUUCUUCUGUUUCUAUUCGGUUUUUGUAUAUUAUUUUCGGCUCACCCUGCUUGAAUCCUUGUUUGUUUCUGAGUUUCGUUGGAAUCAACGGCCCAGCUCGAUCAAUCUGUCCCUCCAGCGCAAUUUGUCGCACCGUCUGUACCCUUAACUGGGGCCGAUCUUGACCAAGCCUGUUCUUCACCCGUCUGGCUGGCUCAGUUGUUUUCCUGUUGGCAGGAGCUAGGUAUGGU